CUGCAAGCCAAACCAUCUUCCGACUAAGCAAAAGGCAUCGAUACUACGUUUUUACGCACAUUUUAUAAAACAACAACAAUAUCGAUGUGCGGGCGUACUUGCUUAACCCUCGAUCCCGAUCAGGUGAUCUGUGCAUGCAAGUAUCCCACGAACAAAAUAAAGCGGGAAACUGAUGCAGCAAAGCCGGGUCGGGAUAUCAAGUUUGAAACGGACGCUCAUGAUGAAACUGAGAAUGAACGCGAAAAGCCCGAAUGGCGCGCAGAAUUUAAUUUGGGCCGUACCUAUCAACCCUCCUACAACAUAGCCCCAACCGACAUUACACCUGUUCUGGUCUCAGCGGCGCACUUCUCCGAUGCCAGCGAUCAAAAAAAUGCGCGGGUCGUAGUGCCUAUGAUGUGGGGUAUGAUUCCAUUCUGGCACAAAGGUGACUAUCGCAGGCAUGGUCUAACGACAAACAACUGCCGGUUGGAGCAUUUGAUGGACUCAAAACUAUAUCGUGGCCCCUUCAAACGUGGCCAGCGUUGUGUGGUGCUCUGUGAGGGCUUUUAUGAAUGGCAAACAACCAAGUCGGCCAAGCCGUCCGAACGCGAUGCUUACCUCAUAUAUGUGCCACAAUCUACAGAUAUUAAAAUCUAUGACAAAAAUACCUGGGAUCCAUCAAAUGUAAAGCUGCUUAUGAUGGCUGGUCUGUUUGAUGUGUGGGAGGACGAGAGUGGAGAUAAAAUGUAUAGCUAUAGCAUUAUUACCUUUGAGUCUAGUAAAAUAAUGUCCUGGAUGCAUUAUCGAAUGCCUGCUAUACUCGAAACGGAACAGCAAGUUAGCGAUUGGCUGGACUUCAAACGCGUGAGCGACAAACAGGCGCUGGCUACUUUACGGCCGGCCACUGCCUUGCAGUGGCAUCGAGUCACCAAGCUGGUGAAUAAUUCACGGAACAAGAGCUCAGAAUGUAACAAGCCAAUCGAGCUUGUUUCCAAGCCUGCGAAAAUGCCGAUGAAUAAAACGAUGAUGGCUUGGUUACAGGUGCGUCAGCAACGGGAGGAGGAACUGAAGUCUGAGGCAAGUGAUCAGAGCGAUGAGGAGCAAAAGAAAUCAGUGGAUUCUGGCUCAAAACGCAAUGCUUGCUCUUCUGAUAGUUCCUCGUCGGAGGGAAAUGCCGCCAAGCGACCGCGAUUUCGAGACUUCAAAAGGGAGCAACAGAAAAAUCACCAACUAGGCGUUAAUAGUGCUUCCAACGAUAGCAGUGCUAGCGAACAAAAGCUGGAUAGGGAUAUUGAUUGAGUUAUUUAUGUAGUCUGUGUUAAUUGAUUUAUGGUAGUACAUUAAGUUUAUUUGCAUUAAAAACCGACAUUUUUUUGUUCUAAAUUAUCAAAUUGAAAUACUUAAACACCUACUUAAAAAAGUUAUGGAGCACGGAAAUUCAUUAUAUUGUUUUGUUGAUUGAAUUGUAACUUAGUGCUCUCUUAAUUAUUCCAAGUAGAGUGUGCGUAAUGCAUUGUAUAUGUAUGUAUAGCGCUGAUUGCUUAAUUACAAAGUCUUAGCUUAUCAAAAAUUUGUUUAAAAAUGUAUUCAUGUAGUGCGUAAAUACGCUUAUUUAAACUAAUUAAAUGUUACUUUCCCCAGCAA